AUGAGCUCUCUUCUCCAGCUCUCCGAUGUGGCCGAUUUGAUCCCGCGACAAGACGCCAAUUUCUUCAAGCAGAGAGUGGCCGAACUGCUUGAGCGCAACUCGCCGCAUUUCCCAGGCGCCCAGCCAGUGAGCUUUUCGCGCCGCCAUUUCCGCGAGCUGCAAGACACCGACUACUGGCUUUGCGAAAAGACCGACGGCAUACGAUGUCUCCUCUACCUUACAACCUUUGGAGAAGGCCCCCAGCUCCAGGAAGCCCACAUGCUCAUCGACCGAAAGAACGACUACUACAACAUCGACAACCCGCACUUCCACUUCCCUCUACCCGACGGCCCUGAUGAAAGUUACCAUACCGAAACUCUUCUGGACGGCGAGCUUGUCCUCGACAAACUACCUACUGGCGGAGAACAGAAAACCUUCCUGGUCUUUGACUGCCUCGCUGUUGACGGCAAGUCAAUGUUACAACGCACUCUCGACAAGCGCUUGGGAUACUUUGUCGAGUCGGUCCUGAAGCCUUACAACAGGCUCCUGAGUCGCUACCCCGAAGAGAAGGAGCUACAACCCUUUGUCAUCAAUGCGAAGAAGAUGGAAAAGGCUUACGGUGUCAUGAUGAUGAUCAAAGACGUCUUGCCUAAACUGCCACACGGUAGCGACGGUCUGAUCUUCACAUGUCGUACCUCUCCCUACACGAGCGGCACGGAUCCAAAGAUAAUCAAAUGGAAGCCGCCUCACGAAAACACCAUCGACUUUAGGCUACAGUUGGGUGACUUCCCUUCGAUUACAGACGACGGUCAGACCUAUGUGGAUUACGAUGCUUGUCCGCCCAUGGAGCUGCUCGUCUUCCACGGCAACAAGAAGAACGAGGUAUUCGCAAAACUCCACGUGACUGAAAAUGAGUGGGAAAGCAUGAAAGGCAUGCAGCAGAUCCUGGAUGGGCGCAUUAUCGAAUGUCACAAGGAUGAACAGGGCCGAUGGCGCUACAAGAAGGAGCCCAACGGUGAACCACGCUUCAGAGAUGACAAGACAGAGGCCAACCACAUCACCACAGUCGAGAGCGUCCUGGAGAGCAUAGAAGAUGCAGUGAGCGAGCAGGAUCUCCUGGAUAACGCCAAAAUAAUCAAUGCCCAAUGGAAAAGACGUGAAGCCGAAGCGUCACGAUCGAUAGCGCCACAGGCAAACGGCGGGCCACGGUAG